UUUUUACUGUUGCAUCGAUAAUAACAGCAGCACACUGACCUGAAGACAGCAGCGUGCAGACAAACGCGAGCGGAGGAAUAUCAACAGCGUUUAUUUACGCUAACACUUGUUGUCCUGUUCGGUUUUUAGCGGUUUUUAACAGUUGACUCGUAAGCAAGAGAACACGUGCGUGCGCGCGCCUCUCGCUACUUUUUAUCCGCGGAGACAAAACGAUUGUUUUGAUUUCCUCAAACUUGGACUCGUCUCUCCCAAACAAACACGGACAUCAACUGAAAGUUUCCCCUCAGGGAUGAGACCUGGUAUGGCCGUUGCUGAACGCCAAGCAGAAAUCAUCUGAAACCAAGAAGAAAUCGGUAUUAAGUCAUGAUGCAGGAGUCGGCCAAUGAGACAAUAAGCAACAGUUCAAUGAGUCAAAAUGGAAUGAGCUGCCUAACCAGCCAAUUAGAUGCUGGCGUUAGAGAUGGAAGAUCAAGUGGGGAGACAAGCAGUGAAGUAAGCGCAGUCGAACUGAUGCAUCUGCAACAACAGCAGGCCCUACAAGCAGCAAGGCAAUUACUCCUACAGCAACCAGGCAGUGGCUUGAAGUCUCCAAAGAACAACGAUAAACAGCGUCCGUUGCAGGUGCCAGUAUCUGUGGCAAUGAUGAGUCCACAGGUGAUCACGCCUCAACAGAUGCAGCAGAUCCUUCAACAGCAAGUCCUUUCCCCACAGCAGCUCCAAGCACUCCUACAGCAACAACAGGCCGUCAUGCUUCAGCAGUUGUUUUUCUGUCCGCAGCAACACCUGCAGGAGUUCUACAAGAAACAACAGGAACAACUUCAUCUACAGCUUUUGCAGCAACAGCACCCGGGCAAACAAGCGAAAGAGCAACAGCAGCAGCAGCAACAACAGCAGCAGUUGGCAGCGCAGCAGCUGGUUUUUCAGCAGCAGCUCCUGCAAAUGCAGCAACUGCAGCAGCAGCAACACCUGCUCAACAUGCAGCGGCAGGGCCUCCUGUCUAUGCCCCCCGGCCCAGGACAACCUUCCCUCCCCGGACAGACCCUCCCACCAGCUGGCCUGAGCCCCGCCGAACUCCAGCAACUUUGGAAAGACGUGACUGGCAGCCACACCAUGGAGGACAACGGAAUGAAGCACAGUGGCCUGGACCUCACCACCACCAACUCAUCCUCCACUACCUCCAUCAGUAACCCCAAAGCUUCUCCACCUCUCACUCAUCACAGCAUCUCCAACGGGCAGUCCCCGGCUCUCAACAACCGGAGAGAGAGUGUAGUGCAUGAAGAGACUGGGGCAUCACACUCGCUCUAUGGUCAUGGAGUGUGCAAGUGGCCAGGAUGUGAAAGUAUCUGUGAUGACUUUGGACAGUUUUUAAAGCACCUUAACAACGAACACGCUUUGGAUGACAGGAGCACUGCCCAGUGCCGGGUUCAAAUGCAAGUGGUGCAGCAGCUAGAGAUACAGCUUUCUAAAGAACGUGAACGUCUUCAGGCCAUGAUGGCGCACUUACACAUGAGACCCUCAGAGCCCAAACCAUCACCAAAACCACUGAAUCUCGUCUCCAGUGUAACCAUGUCAAAGAACCUUCCUUCUGUCUCGCCUCCCAUCUUACCUCAGACGCCCACCACGCCCACAGCUCCUGUCACGCCUCUUUCUCAGAUGCCCCAGGUUCCCUCCGUCCUCAGUCCCGCCAACGUACCCAGCAUGGGCGCCAUGCGCAGACGUCACACUGACAAAUACUCCAUGGCAUUAUCUUCAGAGAUAGCCCCAAACUACGAGUUCUACAAGAACGCAGACGUCAGACCUCCGUUUACUUAUGCAACCCUCAUCAGGCAGGCCAUCAUGGAGUCGUCCGACAUGCAGCUGACGCUCAACGAAAUCUACAGCUGGUUCACACGCACGUUCGCCUACUUCAGACGCAACGCAGCCACCUGGAAGAAUGCAGUUCGACACAACCUCAGUCUUCACAAGUGUUUCGUACGGGUGGAGAACGUCAAGGGCGCCGUGUGGACCGUGGACGAAAUGGAAUAUCAGAAGCGCAGAUCUCAGAAGAUCACAGGGAGCCCGACACUGGUGAAAAAUCUGCCGUCCAGUCUUGGUUACGGGGCGGCUCUCAACGCAAGCUUACAGGCUGCAUUGGCGGAGACCUCUUUGCCAUUAUUGGGUAAUCCAGGAUUGAUGAACAGCAGCGCGUCAGGUUUGAUGGGAGCCAGCCCACCAGGACUUAUGAGUGGCAGUCCAACCAGCCUAUUUCACGGCACCACACACGAAGAGCUCAACGGCUCACUCGAUCACCUGGACACCAAUGGACACAGCAGCCCUGGCUACUCCCCGCACACCCAUCUGCCUCCAAUUCACGUCAAGGAGGAGCCGCUCAACAUGGACGACGACGACUGUCCGAUGUCAUUGGUGACUACGGCCAAUCACAGUCCUGAGCUGGACGAGGACAGGGAGCUGGAGGAGGGCAACCUAUCGGAUGACCUGGAAUGACUAUUUUGCCCCAACCCUCCGCUGGGGCUCCGCCUCUUUCAGGCCCUGCCCUUCAACUAACCCGCAACCACAGAAAAGACUUGGAAUCAGAUGGGGGAGUAUUUAUUUCGCAUGCAUCUGGAGACUGGCCCGAAGAAAAUCUAUACUGCAGAUCUUUAGGGACCACAGAUGGACAGACAUGAAACGUCUGCUUUUUAAAACAAAAUAAAGGAAACAACAAAGGACAAGGUUUCAUUCGAAUCCGCUCGGCCACCUCACACAACGAAACACACACGGCUCACGGACCGAAAAGACGCGAGUACAGGAGCGGGGUCCGUUCUGUAGAAAGCUAACGGCCACAUAUACUGCCAAAAAAUACGUUUUGAGUUUGUGAAUAUCCAAGCCACAGUAGACGUCGAUGUUAGAUGCAAUUGCUGGUUCAAUUCAAGUUGUUGCUCUGUUAUUUUUUUGCACAUGAGUAGUAUCAAAAAUUUGUGUCACUGCCUGUAUGUCAACGAAAGUCUAAAAAGGAGAAAAAGCAGUAUUGGUUUUUAAUUUUCUGUUUGUUUUUUUACCUCCUGCAACCCAGCUUACAUUUGUUUUAAGUCAUCUCUGCACCACCACCAACUGUAAAUGGCAUUUCUAAACUCACGUCAAUAACACAACCAUGGUACAAAGACUGUUCCAAAAAAGUAGGUCUCCAGUCUCACUAGCUCUGUUUCUGCUGAAAGGUGUAACGUGAUUUUGUGCGAGCACAAAAAACAAAAGAAAAUGAUGCGUUUCUGCAUAUCUUUACUCGUUUUGAAGCUUUGUCUACCUGCAAACAGUCACAGGCAACAGCUAGAAACCAAAGCCAACACUAUCAACGGCCAAUAGCUUAGACAGAAGCCCCGAGACUUUUUGGUCAGGCCUCUGUGACUUUAACUAGUACAAAGAGAAGCUUUUUUUCCACUAACUACCUUCGAAUAACCUCUGGGAUCGUCUCCUUUAGCCCUGUACAAAGAUAAAAUGAUGUAAUUUGAUUGACGGAUGGAGAGCUCUAUCCUUAUGAUGCUGGUCAACCCUGUUGACUACUGGGUAGAAAGAGCAGCUAUAAACAGAUCAUGACCAAAAUAACCAUUUGUGUAUCAGUGGAAAUGCAGAUAAAAAAACAAAUGUUGUGAAUUUUUCAUUUCCUAAUGUUAUUUUGACUUUUUUGUAUCACUUUGUUGUUGUUGCUGUGGUUGUUGUUUUUAUUUACGUAACCCACCUUAUCAUUGUUUUCCUAGUGAAAUCGUAACGUGUCACGUUUUAAAUCUGUCAUUUCUUCAGAGCCGAAACCGAAAAUAUCCUAACCAAACUUUAAAGAUAUCUAGUGAAGCCAAAAAGGUCAUAAUUUCAAGUCGAUAUGAAACGAUGUGGCUUGGUUCUAUUGUAAAAGCAAAUAAGAGAGCCGUUACGGAGGAGAAAUCCUUUACUGGCUGUAUAGACACAGCUACAGUAGGGUUGGUAUAAUGGGAAGGUUUGAGGUUCAACCAAUGGUGUACGAGGAAAGUGAUCAGUCGCUUUAAUUUCAACAUUGCUGAAGCGGUUGUUGCUUUAAUAGGCGUCUCUCUUUUUAGUCAAACCAAAGUUACACAGACUUCUGCCUCUUGUAUCGGAUGGAGAUGAAAAUGACACAAAGCAUCUCUUUCUUUAUAUCUCUGUCUGCUGUCUUUUUUUUCUGGUGCAGAAAGCCCAUCUGAAACUGGUAACUGCUUUGUAUUGUAACUGGUAAUGUUAAGGUUUGUCGUCUUAUGUGCGUGGAAACUUACAGUACUGUGCAGAUGUUCCAGUUUUUGCCAAACCAGAGGGUUGGCUGCUAUCUUAACACACACAAACACACACAAGUAAGGUAUACACUCGAGACCCAGGAACAAAGCUUAUUUCUUAUCCUCAGCAAAUCGACUUGAAGAUGACGUUCAUAAUAAUUUUAUCGCACCAAAUAUAAGGCCGCGGCGUCUUUGCUAAAGAAGAUACAAUAAAGGGUUCUCCCACUUAUCCCAAAAAGGCUUUUUAAAAGGUUCUACCUCUUCACAACAUUUUCUGAACAAAAAAAAUGCCAUUUUCCGCUUGAGACAUCGCCAACAGCCAGUUUACAUUCCCAUGGGCAGAUAUAUGGAAGGUUUGCAUUGAAAUAGUUUGUCCUCAAAUCAUUUGUAGAAUGAAUAUGUAAAAAAUACCUGUAAGGGAAUAUUGUGUUAUUAAAAAUGCAUGUCUAAAUUCAUUUGGUGGACUGGAAAUAAGAAUUAAUAAACUCAUAUAAUUCAAACACGGGAUGAUACAGUGCAUAAAGUGUGCAUACCUCAGCUAUACUGUUUUUUUUUUGGGGGGGGGGGUGAUGAUGAUGAUGAUGGACAAAAGAAACUCUCAGCCACAGAAUGCAUAUUACCUGUAGAGUUUGCAUGGGUUUUGUAAAAACAUUUUAAAAAUGUCUAAAAUAGUUGCUUGCACAUAAUACCAGAAGAAAACCUCCAGAUGGGCAAUCUCCUCCAAUAGAUUUUAGGAUUGUCUGGACUUUUUCUGGGAUGAUUUUGUCUGUAUUUUGAUAAUUGUGCAUAUUAUGUAAAAAUCUCAAAACAAAAAAAAAAUGUUGGUGGACCCAUGAAUUUACCAGGCAUUUUUUUCUAAGCUAAAAAGAUCAGUGUUUUUUUCUGGAUUUCAUGAAUUUUUACUGUUCUCUCAUUGCUUGCUAAGAAUAGCAAACCUGCUUUUUCCUGCAUCUGCGUUGCGUAGCUGUAAGGCUUUUUCCUAAUGUGUGUAUUUAUUGCUUGUACCUCUGUGCAUACGUUCUGAAGCAUUACGUCUAGCGGUUGAGUCAUGUAUCCUUUACUACUAUCAUUCUCUGGGAAUAUGAUCCCUUAUGUAUACAGUAAAUUGGGACUGUAGCAAAAAUAUGUUUAUGUAAUUGGUGAAAACAUUUUCCUUGUUUUUCCUUUGGUUUCCUUUCCGAUCGAGACUCAUUUUUUUGAUACUUUUCAUUACCGUGUACUGUGUCCAUAUGUUAAUGAUUUCUGCGAGAGUAGAGGUCACGAUUCAGAACUGUAACGGGCGUUAAUUUCUGUAUCCAUGGCUUUUCACUGCUGAAUAAAAUAAAGGACCAAAACUA